GAUUAUUGUCUCGUCGACCGUCGUAUAACGGGUCGUAUUUACUCGUAUCUAUCGUGGAUACGUAGAUAGGUAUAUAAUAAUAAUGUAUAUAAAUGCACAAUAUUCAGGUUUCAGAUGGCAUUCCCCCGUUCAGAAUGUUCCGAUGGGCGAUAGUUACGUGUCGGUCAUUCCUAUGCGUUUAACCGGUAUUCUAUAAUUUAAAAAUAAAAUUACGAUUCGUACGUUGACAGCGUCCGGGCCAAACGCCACAAUAUUAUAAUAAUAUAAAACACUAUUAUAAUGAUAUCAUCGUUUAUUUAAUUAAUCAAUAUAAUAAUUUAUUAUUAUGAUAUUAUUAUUAAUAAAUUGUUCCGUCUCCGAUACUCGGUGGUAGCUAAGAAACGUUACAGGUAGAACUAAAUUAUCGAUAGAAUAUUUACUCUGAAUACACCUACCUACUGAAUAAAAUCUUAAAAAUCGUAAUGGCCGUGGCACCCAAUCCGGAAUAUUUACAGACUCUACUAGAAACAUUCAAAUGUUUUAUUUGCAUGGAGAAAAUACAAGAUGCACAUUUGUGUCCACAUUGUUCAAAAUUAUGUUGUUACUCUUGUAUGCGCCGAUGGCUUACCGAACAACGAUCUCAAUGUCCACAUUGUAGAGCUACAUUACAUUUACAUGAAAUUGUCAACUGUAGAUGGGUUGAAGAUUUAUCUGAACAACUUGACUGUUUGAAUAGUACUGUCAAUGUAGGAAGUAUAAGGCAGAGCCAAGAACAAAGAUGUGAAACUCACAACGAACAAUUGUCUGUAUUCUGCAUUCCAUGCAAUUUAACUAUUUGUCAUCGAUGUGCUCUAUUUGACAAUUCAGCUCAUAAUGGUCAUUCAUUCCGACCUGUUGAAGACAUUUAUAAUGAAACAAUAGCUCAACUGGGUGAGAGUUGUGACAACCUUAAAACAAAAGAAGAAAUGAUUAAGAAAGACAUUAAGGAACUUGAUAAAAAUAUUAAACUAGUACAACAAGCCAAAGAGCAAAAAGUUCGAGAAAUACGCACAGCUGUGGAGUGUAUGAUGAUUGAUUUAGAAAAAGAUCUCAAUAACAAACUUACUACUUUAUUAACUCAAAAAAAUCAUCUAGUUAAUGAAUCUGAGCAAAUAGAGGAAUUUUUGCAUGAUUGUGAUUUAGAAAUAUCUCGUAUGCCUAUGUCACAAUUAAUUAAUAAUGCUCCAAGAUUUAAAAGAACUAUUUCUGCAAUGCAAAAUAAGCAAUCUCCAGUCCUUAUGUCUGUGUAUCCAGAUUUUCAUAGUGAAGUUAUACCAAAGUUUGAAGGAGGUAAUUUAAUAAUUAAAUCAUUUUCUGACAAAAUGGUUCAGUCUGAACCCAUAUAUUCACUUCCAAUUGGUUGCAAUGGUGUCAGUUGGAGACUUAAAGUAUACCCUAAUGGCAAUGGUAUUGUGAGAGAUAGAUAUUUAUCCGUGUUUUUAGAGUUAACAUCUGGACCAGCUGGAGUAUCUAGAUAUGAUUAUCGCAUUGAAAUGGUUAAUCAAUUAAAUGAACAAAUCAACGAUAAAUCUAAAAAUGUACUCAGAGAAUUCACAUCAGAUUUUGAAAUUGGAGAAUGUUGGGGAUAUAAUAGAUUUUUUAGACUUGAUUUAUUAAUUAAUGAAGGAUUUUUACAACAAGAUACAUUAAUUUUAAAAUUUAGUGUUCGACCACCUACUUACUAUCAAAAAUGUAGAGAACAACAGUGGUAUUUAUCUAAAUUAGAACUUGAGAGAUCUGUACUCUUACAGCAAUUUGAAGAAUUAAAACAGAAAAUCCCUGCUAAAGUUAAACCUAUUAGUAGAGAAAUUCCAAGUCCAAAGAAGAAGCUUAAAAUUAAAAUACAAUCAUUGUUAGAUGAAUUUGAGUGUGCAGAAACAACUGGACAUCUUAAGAGUCCAAUCAAAGAUCAAGAAGUUCAAGGAGCAUCGUGCGAAACUGCUUCUAAUAUGGUUCAUCCUCCAUUAUCAAUACAAACUUUAUAUGAUAAUGAAUUCCAAAAUCGUUUUCAAGGUGAAACUGCACAAUCCAUGUUUGAAAGACUUAGUCGCCUUUUUGAAGAAUCAGAUAACCCAGAUAGACCUAGUCCUAUUCAUAUGAAUAAUGUCAACAGCAUUGUUCUAGACCAUAUUGAACAUUCAAGUCCAUCAGAUUUUCGUUUGGAAAAUUGUUUAAGAAACAUGGGAGAAAAUCAAUUGACUUCACCUAACAAAUUAAGAACUUCUGAAAAUUCACAAAUGGUUAAUAAAAUUCAAUAUGAAAUAACUGAAGCAAAAUUUCGCUUGAAAAAAUUGGAAAAUGCUAUGCGUAAUUCUCAACCAGAAUCUUCUAGUGAGUUGGCAAGUUCGUCAGAUCCAAUAAAUCUAAGAAUGUCGGAAAGUAGACUUGAUGAUUUGUCUCACCAAACUACGACAGUUCGUGGACUACAUAACCCCAUACAAAACACAAAUGAACAGGCUGUAACUCAAGAAACAUUAAAUACAAAUUUAUCAAAUAGGUUUUUGGAUAUGUCAGAUAUAUCGGAUGAUCUUGAAGAUUUAAUCAAUUCAGUUUUUGUGGACAACGCAUAUAUAGAUAACUGGGAAAUUAAUCAGAGCUCUUCCGGUGAAGAAGUACAAAGUCCCAAUAACGAAUCAUUGUGUCCUGAUCAUUUGACCAGAGAUGAAUAAGUGUUAACAUUUCUAAUAGUUUAAAUAGAUAUUUAUAUUUUUGUUAAUUGAAUUUUUGAAAAACAUAAUUA